AUGAGGCACACCCUCAAGCCGCGCAAGCCGCGCAAAACCCUUCACAACUCAGAGAAAAAGAAGGUGAACAGCAAUAUUGCAUUGACAUACAAUAUGGAGUCUACUCUGCGACCGUUGCUCGGAGAACGCAGCUCUGGAUUCAUUCGACGGCGACACUUUUCUCUGCCCGAACACGAGCCCCUCAUUGCAAGGUGGAGAAGGUCCGCCCGCGAUUUUCUAACUUCGCGAUGGGGUCAUUACCUUGUCCUUCUGCUGAUUACUAUCGAUGUCUGCUGUGGUUUCUCGGAAUUUCUCAUCCAGUUACAUGUCUGCGAGUUGAAGCAGAAUGGCCAUCGCGUUGAGCGAGAAUGGGGGAUCACUGAGCAGGCCCUGGGUGUGACCGGUCUUGUAAUAUCUUGUCUCUUCAUGAUGGAGUUGCUUGUAGCUGUUUUGAGCUUUGGAUUAGGCUAUUUUUCGAACUGGUUUCACAUUUUCGAUUCGCUGGUGAUUCUUGUCGCCUUUUUCAUCGAAAUCGCACUUCAUGGAAUGGAAGAAGAACUUGGUUCACUUGUGAUUGUUUUGCGUCUCUGGCGUGUGUUCCAGAUCAUUGAGGAAUUAAGAUCUGCCAGCGAAGACACAUUGGAAGAAUACGAAGAUGAGCUAGAGAAACUUCGGCAAGAGAAUGCGGCCGAAGCUGAGGUCAUGAUGUUCCGUGCCAAGGACCUGUCUACCAGAAGCCCGGAACUGGCGUGUAAAUCGUUUCGCAACUCGGGUCUCUACUUAUUAGUCGGGUGGCUGUUGUUCAUGUAUACGUUCAUCGCGCUGUGCGUGACUGAUCUCGAUCGAUGUGAUCCGAUGGUUGUCGGACUUCGGUAA